AGUACAAAAUGGUCUGCAUUGGAUUUCUUGUGCUUUGUUUGCUUGGAGGUGCGCUGGCUGUGCCAACAGCCGACAAGCGUAUUGUUGGGGGUUUUCCCGCCGAAUCUGGAGACGCACCAUGGAUGGUUUCAAUGCGAAACUCAUUCAACAUCCACUUCUGCGGAGGAACUCUGCUGAACCAGCGUUUCGUCCUAACAACGGCCGUUUGUAUGAGUGGUAGACUGUCUUCAACCACCAUGGCUGUGGUCGGUUCCCGCUUCCUAAACACGGUGGCGGCUCCCUAUUAUGGCCUACAAACCAUCACCCACCCUCAGUAUAAUCAGAACACGUUGGAAUUCAACGUGGCCUUGUUCCAGACGAUCCAAAACAUAGUUUUCACCACCAUAGUACAACCAAUCCAGUUAGAAGCUGACUACGUGGAUGCUGGAACCCGGGCCAGAUUUUUCGGUUGGGGCGCUACCGGUCAAGAUGGCAGCAAUUCAAACGCUCUGAUGACCGUCAAUCUGAAUGUGCUCAACAAUGACGCGUGCCGAAAUUCACUCGGAGCGGACGCAAUGCGGGUUGGGACGAGCUCGAUGUGCACGCUGAAUCGCGAAGGACAGGGACUGUGUGUGAACGAUGCUGGCGGAGCGCUGGUGUUUGAUGGAAUGGCCAUAGGUGUUGCUUCCUGGAAGAUUCCUUGUGCAACCGGACGCCCGGAUGUCUUCGUACGAGUAUCCGAAAUUCGCAACUGGGUAAUGAGCAUUAUUUAGACCUAGAACAUGUUAGGAUGUUAACAGAGGAAUAAAAUUAAUCGAGCACAGUGAAAAAUAUAUUUCUGCAUCGAUAAAAC